CGCGUCUGCAUCUAGUACUCCUCGGGCACAAUCGUGAGCCUUCUGAUAUCAACAUCCGCCCCUUACAUACUCUCACCACUGACCCGUGGACGCUUUCGAUGUCGUUUGAGCAUGUAGGUCGGAACAAAGCUCGUCAAUCUUCAUCCCACCCCCAUCAAAUCAUCCUCAAUCCACUGAACCAAACGGAGAAAGAGCUCCUUGUCCCGGAUUUAGGUACAGACAAGGUCUGGAGACUCACCAAAUGGAAUGAUGGCAAGUGGUCCAUUCACGAUCACAUUGACUUUGAAGCAGGGGGUAGCCCACGACAUAUCGCAGCUCGAGGAAAUACCCUUUGCACGCUACUGGAGCUCACCUCAAAGCUUGCUGUACAUACCUUCCCGCCGCUUCCGGUGCCCCCUACUCGUCUUACUUCUCUGUUCACACUUUCUGCAUUACCGAUACCGGAUACCAUGUUGGCAGUGGAAAUUCUGCUACCCGAACCCAAUGAAUCCUUCCCUGAAACAUUCAUCUACACAUCGAACAGAAACGACCUUCAUUCAGAGGGUGACACGAUUGCAAUAUUCUUCCUUGCCGCCAGAGAGGGACAGCCAGAGCUUGUGAACGAGGUGUGUACGGGGCUAAUUCAUGUCCGGGGAAUGGUGUUUGGAGGUGACGAAGAUAAGUAUCUGGUUGUAGGUGGUGUGGAAGGUGGCGGAGUGAAGGUAUUUGAGAGGAUUGAUGGUGGCAAGGGACUCCAAGAAAUUGGGAAGCUCGGUGAAGACGUUGUAGGCCGUCCCACUGGCUUCUUGUGACACCGAGAGGUCAAGAUGUGAACAGGUGGACAUGCGUCUGCUCGCCAGCUGGAGUGUAGCGUUUAUGGGUGUCCGUCGCACCAGGUCGAGGAUACCAGUUGUGUAGUAUACUUGCUUGUA